AACGGUUACUCUUGGCGUAAAAUUCUCUGUAUAUAAUUUAUUUAUUUGCUAACAACAUCUAAAAACAAUGGAGGAUCUUUUAAACGAAGUUGUACCACAAGAAGAUUUAGAAAGAUUCGAAAAAAAGUAUCAUCACGAACUUGAGUUGGAUGGUGAAGUUACCACAGACACAAAGUUUGAGUACGCAUUCUGUCUGGUCCGAAGUCGUUACACAAAUGACAUUAGAAAGGGUAUUAUGAUUUUGGAGGAAUUGGCUCGUACGCAUCCAGAUGGAAGGCGUGACUAUAUAUAUUAUCUUGCGUUUGGUAAUGCUCGUAUCAAGGAAUAUACGUCUGGCUUAAAAUACUGCCGAGCUUUCCUUGACAUCGAGUCAAAUGACCAAGUUCGCUCCCUUGAGGAAUAUAUUAAAAAAGAAAUCGAUAAGGAAGUUGCAAAGGGUAUGGUGGUUGCAGGCGGAGCAGCUUUAGUACUUGGCGGAAUAUUGGGACUUGGCAUUGCUAUGGCUAGAAAUAAACAAAAACGGGAGAAAUAGUAACGUCACCACUAUUUAUGGAAAAUAAAACCUUCUCGAAGGGUGCACAUCAAAGAUGUUAUGAAGUUUAA